UGCCCUUGUCCUGUUUCCCUUCUGGCCUUCAGUUGCACAGUUGCAUUCCUGUCUGCGUCUCCUCUUUGUCAGUAGUGGGUGGCUGAUCCUUGUGUUGGAGCCCUGUGCUUUGUUGUGGGAACCGUGGACGCUUCUUGCCACCUCUGCCAGCGGGGGAAGCCCAGCUGCCCUUCCCAGACCCUAAAGACUUCUGUGCUAUCCACUACAUUUCCAUAAAUUCCAAGUAAGAAAUUUUUGAGGAGAAAGAAAAUUCUAAGCUGAGACAUGUAGAAAAAGAUGUUUUGAUUCCACAAAUAAUGAGAGAGCGAGCCAAGGAGCUGUGUUCAGAUAAAGUGCAAGCAUUUACUAAAUGCUGUCAAGAAACCGGUCUUCUUAUGGUGGUGAAAUGUCGGCAAGAGAACACAGCACUGAAAGACUGUCUGGUUGGCUACUAUUCUGAUCCAUUAUUCUAUGAGGAAUGCAAAACAGAAUAUUUGAAGCAAAGAGAAGAAUACAGAGCAACUGGAAUUAAGAAAAAAAGACAGACGCUUACUUCAAAUGUGUAGUUAAAACUUAAUGAACUUUUCAGAUUUUAUAUCCAACUUUGGUUUGACUUGAUUUAAACAGACUUCAAUCAUCUGUACCCAUCUGUGUGGAAUUUAACUGAAAUACACAAAAUGCGAUGAACGGAGAAUAAAAUAAUCUCUGAACUUAAAAGUCAAUUUUUUUUAUUUUCUGUAAUUAAAGCUAUAAAGCAUGCUGUCACAGUUUGCAAGAGAAGUUGCAAAGGUCCUUGCCUCUGUCUGGACUUGAGAUUUUGAAACCAAUUUACAAAUGGCCUUUUGGAAUUUAAAGCUUGCGUCUAGUUAUGUGUGGCAGGCUUCAUAAAAACUCAAGGGUGAAUAAUUUAAGUUGUAUUAACUGAUCACAAAUUGGGUAUACAUUAAAAUUGGGUCUAUUUGUCAUCUGAAGCUGAGGGUGUAUGGAGAUGCUCUUGAUGCUCUUACUGGAAGAGAAAGGUGGCAAAUGCAGAAGAGAAGGGCUUCUUGGACCGAUUUGAUUUAUCUUUUUCAUGAAAAUGUUGAGUCAUACGAGAGCCUGAUAGUACUUUUUGCCUACGCUGUGACUCAUUUUUAAGUCUACGUUGUCAGAAGAGAUGGAUGCCCCAUGCCCAGGUGUGGCCCAGACUGACUGUUUCGACUCUAGAGGAAAAAGUCAUCUGACCUAGACCUUCCCUGAGCGUGGGAGAAGGCGCGCUGAAGGCAAAAUCAUCGAGAGCAGUAUCCUCCCCUGCUUUCCUCUUUCAGAAGGAAGAUGAUUGUAUAAGCUUCCACACUUCAGGAGUGAGCGAGUGACCACACUUGCAAAAUUAUUACGGGUAGAGGUGAGUAAACGGCUAAACUAGGUAUGUAAGAUGCAGGUCACUUCUUGCAGAAACGAAGGGUAAGCAAGUCCCCAUUUAAAAAGGGGCAUACAAAGGAUCUUUUGUAUACGGAUACUUGAAGCUGCAUAAUUGUAGAACUCUCAAAUGCAUAAACGGCUUCACUAGAGCUAGUCUGUAAACUUUGUAUUACUAUUUUGGGGUAUCAUCUUUUGAAGCAUUUUGGAAGAAAAAAUUUCUUUACAAGUAAGGAAAGGCUGCAUUUAGAAAACUUACUCACGUGGUAACUUUAAUGCCCCGAUUUCACAAAAAAAGAUUUUUGCCUGAGUAAAUAGUAGGAUUUGUUCCUUUUCCCAUCAGAACAUGCAAAAUUUGACUUCUUUAUUUUAGUACUGUUUCACCACGAAACACCAGUACUGCUUUAAAGCUAUUUGAGUAGGAAAUUCAAAUCAGACUUUGAGACACAUAUGUGAAGUACUUAAGUUAACGUUGCAGGUUAGUCCUUGUCCUUUAUUCUGUGCCUUUUACUGGAAUAAUCAAUAAUAAUGUUGCUUCUGCUAUUACACAGCAGAUCGGCUGGAGGACUAGGGAAUGCUUGUGAAUGAAAAACUGAAAAGAUGUGUAGCAUUCUGCCUUGUCAGGCAAACUGCAAAACUAGCCACCUUAAAAUAGCUUCUGUGGAAUAAAGUUUCCUACACAUGUACUUGCUCUUGGCUUCUCGGUUCAAGCAUUUUGGAAAACAAAAAUAUUCCAGAUCAGUUAGUGGAAAAUUAGUUGUUUCCCUGUAUGUAUUUAAAAAAGAGGAAACUUAAGGUAGAUGGUGAAAUGUUUUUUAAUGACAGCGACUUGCUCUGUUAUCCUACUAUGAAAAUCUGCUCCGUUUUCAGAUUUUCCAAAAUCUGCUCUGGAAAGCAAGCCUGGGCGUUUGUAACUUUUGUCAAAAGCACUUCCAAAGAGGAUUUGGGCUGGAGUGAGCAUUCUCUUAGAAGCAAGUGCUGUGUGCUGCUAGUGGUACAUGCCUGUGCCGAGGGCUCACCUGGGUCUCACUCAGGUUCACACCACAGCUGGUGAACACAGACAAGAGCACCAGCCACAGGUUUCUCCUUGUCUGGCUUAGCAGAAAGUGUGUUCAGCAGGUGAGGGGGAACCCCAGUGCAUUGACUAGUACUGCUGGUGAGGGAUUAGUGCCUGUAGUGGAACAAAGCCCAGUUUAACCUGCAGGUCUUGCUCCCCCACCAUUCUAUACAUGCCUUAUGUGAAGGACUGCAACAACUCACUUCUGCACCGAUAACCAGGCUCUACUGUCAAGCCUGAAAUUGCAUGUACUGAAUUAUUCUGUCAACCAUUAAUUUCUCUUCACCUGCACUGUUGUGUGUGUAAGGAAGAACUGGGUUAUUGCAGCUCCUCCUUUGUGUACACACUUAGAGCUGGGCUUCGCCCUUGGCUCUGGCAUCAACUUACUCUGUAAUACACCACGGCCUUAAUUUGAUGUUUCCUAGUUUUGAAUUCUUGAUUUCACACCUUUCACUUUAAUGUUUCGUGCAGUAUCCUGUAUUUUAAUUGCAUUUAUAUCUGUUAUUUAAAGUUUAAAUGAAAGAUGGAGUACCAUGAAGUGACAAAUUCAUACUAGUAUAAAUUGCUUUUGGUUUUGUUUUUGUCUCAGCUGCAACCUCUGCUUCCUACUCAGGUUAACAGGAAGCAGCCCUUGAUUCUAGUCAAUGUAAGAAAACAUCAGUAGUAUUGACAAAGCCUUAAGCUGUGCUUCAGCAGUGAACUGGAAGCUUUUUUGCUACGUGUUGAAUCUUCUUUUAAAAAGCACUUCCAUUUUGUCAGAAGUUACUCGUGAAUGAUGAGAGGGUAUAGCUCUGAAAGCCUAGCUAUCUUCCCCCCUCAGCCCCUCCACCUCCCAGCAAAACAAAACCUGUAACUGCCUGUACUUACUGAGAGUAGCCAGCUACAGGCGAUUAGGAAGGGAGCUGACAUGGCUGCAGACAUGCAGUACUUCACCUAGCCCUCUCCAUCUAAGCCAGGGAUCGCAACUCUAAUUAAUGGUCCCUAGAUGCUUCUUCGUAUGUUUUUUGGUUUUGAAAUCAAUUCUGCAGGAUUCUUAUACAUUAUUUAUUCAGGGUAGGAGUAGACAAUUGGUGGAAUUAAUCUAGGUGUGUCUCCAGUGUUUUCAAGUUAGCUUGUUAAUAUAAAAAGGUUACCUAAGUGCAGAGGCAGGGACUAACUCAAGUAGGUCAGCCAAAGUCUGAAGUGUGGCAAUAUCGCUAGCCCAUCACAGUCAAUAUUUGCCUAAGUGCCUGAUGUUUUCUAACACGUGACCUUAAAAAUUACAGUGGCAUUACCAAGUGUUUGCAGUUCCAAUUUAAGACUGCCUUUUUACAACUAGAAGUUUUCACAAAGUUGUGCGUGGCUUUCACCGCAGCUGUACAACUAGCCUGCACCCCGUGCUUGCCUCCUUUAAUGGGAGCCGUGUGCUCAGCCCGUUUAAAACCAUCCACUAUGUGGCACUAUUGAUUGACACUGAUGGAAUGAGGUCUUACAGCUAGAAGACUGAUGUGUCACCUAGCACCCUCACACAGUGCAGCAAGGCGUCUGUCACAGGUUCUGCAGCAAAGGGGCCUAUCUUUGCCUCUUUGUAGCACUUGGGAGAACUUGGCAAGCGCCCGGGACACCCACAUUUUUCAGUUCUGGCUACACUCUUGCAGCGUACUAAAGCUCUCCUCAAACUCCUGAGAGAAGCCCCCUACAAAUGUGAAAUCUAAAAGGAAGGAAGAAAAGGGUGUCAUAUACUUACUUUAAAAGUUUGCCUUCAUAGAGUGAAAUGAAAGAUGAGCAGCAUUCCGUAACGGCCAGGAUUUUCAGAGGAGUGGAACCACCUACCAUUGCAGUCUCCAGGUCCUCACCCAGCAAUUAAUCUGUAAGCUAGAAACCCAUUCUGCCUCAUAUUUAGUACAGCCAUACUCUGGUUGAAUACAGUUGAAACGUUAAGUGUUCCAUCUAGUUAAAAAUCAGUUCAGUAACAAUAAGCACCUGGUUAUUUCUUUCAUGCUUCUCCCCUAGAUCAAACAUCCAUACUCAAAACACCAUCAUCUUACCACUUAAUUACUGUAUCUUGAAUUGUCUUGAUGUUUGAACCACUUUGUCUCUUCCAUCUUAAAAUAUAAUGAAAUAAAUUCUACUGGACACUGAUCUCAGUUCACAUCACAACACAUUUACUACAGAGAACGGAUUUUUAAAAAAAAAAAAAUUGUUCAACUGCUUAUCAGACUUGGGAAUUUGCAACUCGAUUAAAAUUAGGGUUUACCUUUAGUGCUGACAAUAAUAAAAAAAAAAUACUUUGGUCCACUGUCUUAUGUUCAUACAAUUGCAAGUAGCACAGCACACCCCCCCCUACAAAAAGGGGCAAAAGCCUGACCCUUAAAGAAACAAAGCAAUACACCAAACCCCCAAAAACCCACAUGCCUUUUUUGUAUUCAAACUACACAAAGCAACAGGGAAACACCUUACUGCUCUGCGACCGCUGUUCUUCACAGGGCCUGUCUGAAGGUCAGAAGAAAAUGCAGGUGAGUUGGUCAGGUACCGGAGCUUUUUGCUCUUCCUUUAGCAGUAAGUCUGCUUUACGUCACCAGUAUAGUUCAUAUUAUACUUGCAUGGGCCUGUGUUAAAUUAUUUGGAAUGGGUAUUGUCCUACUGUAACUCCACCAUAUGUCUAGUACUGCUCUCGUCUUUUUCCAGCUGUAAAAAUUUGACCGUGCAUCACAGCUAAUUUGGGAGUUUGCUUUCUUCAAUAUGGCUAGUUCACGUAAGAGGAAAACUAAUCAGUUGUAAACCCACAAAACUGGCAGGGAGACUUAAAAUGAUCAGAUUUUAAAAAUAUUUAAAAUGAACCAAACAGUGGAAGUUUACAAAUGAGUUAUUAGAAGUUAGUCCAACUCUCCAAAUAUCCAAAUACAUAUUCAUCAGCUUGCCAUAUGCUCACUUAAAUGUGCAAAGCAACAACCUCCUCCUGCCCCAAAAGCUGUCUUCCAUUUCUGUUACAUGCAAUCAGUGCUUUCCUAAAUUAAAAAUUGUCAAAUGAGUGGGUUGGGUGAAGUUUUAAAAAUGUUCAAAGUUUGCAUUCCAGUGAAUUUUUUUUGUGUGUCAUGUAACAUACUUAUUUGAGGACUUUGGUCCAUACUUUAUGCAAUUUUACGGUUUUAUAUCACAAAUGCAUGUGUGCACACAAAACACCAGAACCUCUUUGCUACAGCUACUUCUGCAUGUAAUUUGCUGUCACUGUGAUGAAAAGCUUUCGCUUCUGAAAAUGGAAAAAGCACUGUAAGCCACUAGUGGCAUGGAUUUAAAUGACUUUUCCAUCCCGAGACAAAAUUUGAUUGUAUGCUUCAGACCAACAGAUGCUUCACGAGCCAGCUAGCUCCCAACUGACUUCAAAUUCUGGGGACUUCCUUUUCAAAUGUUACGGUUUGGCCACAGCAAUGAGUGAGUGGAUGGGAAAUGCUGCCUACAGCAAGCUCUCCGUCAUCCUGCCCUCCUCUCUCGGGUAUCAGCAGUCCUUCUGAAGCCUCUCUCGGCCAACAUCACUGCUCCCUUCUCCAGCACGGGAAGCAGCACAGAAGAUAUACCACGAGUCAAAGGCAAAGCCCGGAAAUUCACAGGCACUGCACAGAGAAGCCUGAUUUUAAGAAGUUUCCCUGUCACAGAGGACAAGCCGACCAGGAACCUGUUGACACAAAUAGUCAAACCACAGGAACAUGCCGUGGCUUAAGGUAACUAAGUCCUUCAGGUUUCAACAUGUAGGAGAAUGCUUCUCCCAGAAUACAUCGAAGCAGUCUACAGAGGAUGUUUGUUUUUUCCUGAGCAGAGGAGGAUGAACCUCAAAUAAAUUGUUUGUAUUUGCAAUGACCCUUAUACACAAUCAAGAAAUUAAAGCUGAGUAAAAAAUUUUGUGCCAAAUACUGAAAGGAGAUUUGUAAGUGAAACCGAUUUCAAACAAAAAUAAAUUUAUUUAAAAUCUUA